AUGGACACAUCUGGCGUCCAUCUUCUGCCUCUCUCGAACUUGUCACGAUCUAACAGUAUUGAAUUCAAAGAUGCCAUCAUUAAUGAGAAGUGGGUGCAAUCAGCGAAUCGACGAAAAGGACAUUUGACGCCGAAAGCUCCUGAAAAGAAGAAAGGAUGGUUCGGUGGUGGGAAGUCAGAAGAGGAACUGCUGAUGGAGCGCGUCGAGCAGCACGAACUCGAAGAAUUGCAGACGUUCAUCGCCCAAAAGUUAUUCCGUCUUUCCGACGAGGAAGCAGCGCAAACUUCGUUCAACGCUAAUUAUUUGACAAAAGCACGAAGCAAAAUGGUACCAUGUGCAGAUUACUCGAGAGUCAAACUAACCGAUGGACUUGGUAAACUGGAUGACAGAAACGCAUUGAGAAAUGGAAUGUUCAGCAGUGAACACGAGUUUCUGCAGGAGGAGGGAUGCACUUUGAAAACCACCUACGGAACAACAAAUUUCAUACAUGCAAACUACGUCAAAGGAGGCCCACUUUUGAACACCUUCAUAUGCGCACAAGCUCCUUUGCAGAAUACUCAAGAAGACUUCUGGAGAAUGGUUUUCCAGGAGAAAUCUCAAUUCAUUGUAAUGCUCAACUCCGCCGUCGAUUCAUCCACUCUUGGUCCUCUGGAUUCGGCAAAUCGGAAUUAUUGCCCGUACUACUGGCCUCGUGCUGAAAAAGAGUUUCUAGAAUUCGGAUCAUUCCGUAUCACAUGUGUCUCUGUUGACUCUAAAGCAGAUCCGCUGUUCACCAUCGCCAAACUGAAGUUACAGAAAAUUGGAGGAAACUUGGCUGACGAUGAAUGUGAUGAGGAGCUCCUAUUAGAGCAUUGGCAGUGGGAUUGGCAAUAUUUAGGAGAUGUCCAUUGGCCGUUCCGUGUGCUAAGAAAAGCUCGCCAACUUUCAACACCUACAAUCGUACAUUGCACGGAUGGAUGCUCUAAAGCAGGAACACUAGUAGCUAUCGAGACUACUCUCAUGCACUUCAUUCGAGGUUCACCCAUUACCAAAUCCCUCAUCCUCCAAUCGUGCGUCUUCGUGCGCCUCCAACGUCGUCUUUCCGUCUCAUCAACUCUUCUCUACCUCUUCAUUUAUCGUGUCGUUCUUCGUUGGAUCGAGCCAUACGUCACGAAAUGGUAUGAACGAGCUGCACUGGGUCUCCGCUUCAAGUCGAUCGGAUUCAUCCAAAAGUAUACUGGCAUGAUUCAAGAGUUCAGUCGUAUCACGCCUGCCUACUAA